GGAAAUGAAUAAACUUGUAAACAAAGUACCCACCAGAGCAAUGAAUGAUUCUGAUGUUGACUUGAGCAACGGUCUUGAGGAUAUUAUAAUUUCAUUCAAACCGGAUUCAACGGUGCAUACUUUUCCUGUCUUCCAGUACUCUCCCGUCAACGUUCAAGGACCAGGAUGCCCUGUUGACCCCAGUGAAGUCACACUUACUGGAUGCUCCUGUCUUUCACACUCAUGCACCCGCGAGAGCUGCUGCUGCCUACAGACCCACGGGCAAGCCUACACCAUCCAUGGCUCCUUGUUGAGCAUCAAUUUAUCGGGUGCCGCUCGCGCCAUCCCGGUGUUUGAGUGUAAUGCCCUUUGCUCCUGCAGUGACACCUGUUCGAACAGAGUAGUGCAGCGAGGGCUGAGACUACGUUUGCAGGUGUUCCCCACUAGCAGCAGGGGCUGGGCUGUGCGGACACUUCAGAGGAUCCCGCGUGGGACGUUUGUAUGCGAGUAUGCAGGGGAGGUCAUCGGUUUUGAGGAAGCACGAAGAAGGCAACUUGCGCAGACGUUUGAGGAUAAUAAUUACAUCAUUGCUGUAAGGGAGCAUGCGGGCUCAGGGUCCAUCACGGAGACGUUUGUGGACCCGGCCAUUGUGGGAAACAUUGGUCGCUUUUUAAACCACUCCUGUUUACCCAACUUGUUCAUGGUGCCGGUCCGUGCACACUCUUUGGUGCCCAGUUUGGCACUGUUUGCUGGCCGGGAUAUUGAUGUUGAAGAGGAGCUAACGUUCGACUACUCAGGAGGCUGUGGAAACCAAACACCUGGACCGGUGCAACAAACUGGCACUGCCGUUCAGGCCAGCAGGACGCUCCAGAGGAAAGCUUGUCACUGUGGUGCCAACAACUGUGCAAAGUUCCUGCCUCUGGAUUUAUCCGUUUUAAACUAACCUAAAUUGAAUGUGUCCUCACAUGAAGUUGCAUUGUUAGUAGCCUUGUGUGGUUGAGAUCUCCAGACUCUUCUAUCAUGAUUGUUUGCUGUUUGGUCUGGAGAUGUGGGGGGAACUCCUUGACAUGUCCUUCUUGCUUUUUCAGGCAUCGGCGAAUGCCUGCUCUGUGCAGAAUAAAGUCAUCAUGUCCCAGCACAAAA